AUGGGCUGUAAUUGUAUUGCUGAGGCUGGUUUGCAGGUGAACUGUUUGGUGCUGAAGAGGACUGACCUGCUCUCUGCGAGUACAAACGAGGGCUUUAUAACACCUGUGGACACGGGGAAAUGUGCUUAUCUCCUAUUGUUACAGGGAAUAGUACACCAGCUCCACCCCUGGGACAUAGCUAAACCAUAUCAGACAGUUGUCACACCAGUCAAGCACACACCAACCCAUAUCAGGGCAGUUGUCACACCAGUCAAGCUCACACCAACCCAUAUCAGGGCAGUUGUCACACCAGUCAAGCUCACACCAACCCAUAUUAGGGCAGUUGUCACACCAGCCAAGCUCACACCCACCCAUAUCAGGGCAGUUGUCACACCAGUCAAGCUCACACCAACCCAUAUUAGGGCAGUUAUCACACCAGUCAAAUUCAAACCAACCCAUAUUAGGACAGUUGUGACACCAGCCAAGCCCACAACAACCCAUAUCAGGACAGUUGUCACACCAGUCAAGCCCACAACAACCCAUAUCAGGACAGUUGUCACACCAGUCAAGCUCACACCAACCCAUAUCAGGACAGUUGUCACACCAGCCAAGCUCACACCAACCCAUAUUAGGGCAGUUAUCACACCAGUCAAAUUCAAACCAACCCAUAUUAUUAAGGCAGUUGUCACACCAGUCAAUCCCACACUAAGCCAUAUCAGGGCAGUUUUCACACCAGCCAAGCCCACACCAACCCAUAUCAGGACAGUUGUGACACAAACCAAGCCCACAACAACCCAUAUCAGGACAGAUGUCACACCAGUAAAGCCCACACCAACCCAUAUUAUUAGGGCAGUUGUCACACCAGUCAAGCCCACAUUAACCCAUAUCAGGGCAGUUGUCACACCAGCCAAGCUCACACCAACCCAUAUCAGGGCAGUUGUGACACCAGUCAAGCCCUCACCAACCGAUAUCAGGGCAGUUGUCACACCAGUCAAGCUCACACCAACCCAUAUCAGGACAGUUGUCACACCAGUCAAGCUCACACCAACUCAUAUUAGGGCAGUAGUCACACCAGCCAAGCCCACAACAACCCAUAUCAGGACUGUUGUCACACCAGCCAAGCCCUCACCAACCCAUAUUAGGGCAAUUGUCACACCAGCCAAACCCUCACCAACCCAUAUUAGGGCAUUUAUCACACCAGUCAAGCCCUCACCAACCCAUAUCAGGACUGUUGUUACACCAGCCUAUCCCUCACCAACCCAUAUCAGGGCAGUUGUCACACCAGCCAUGCCCUCACCAACCCAUAUUUGGGCAGUUGUCACACCAGUCAAGCCCACACCAACCCAUAUUUGGGCAGUGUUCACACCAGCCAAGCCCUCACCAACCCAUAUUAGGGCAGUUGCCACAUGCGCCAAACCCGCAACAGACCAUUUUAGGGCAAUGCCCACAUUCUCCAAACCUCCAAACCCACGAGACAACUCUUCGCAACGGUUACAUGCGACAUAA